AUGUCCAAGUCGGGGAAUUUGGCGGCUCUCUCGUCGAUCCUCGAUGCUUCCACAGACCUCCCCACCGUCUACUACGCCGAAGACCCUCCCUAUCUGCCCCGUAUCCUCAUCUUCUACUGGCCCGUGCAAGCGGUUGGAUCGCUAGCCUCGACAUCCCGAAUCAGAACAACCAUCCUUAGUGCUGCCGGGUUUAAAGCCUUUCCGGCCUUCUCUGUCGCACCCAGCAGCAGCUACUACUCUGCUGUUCACAAACUUCCCGCCGAUCGACAGCGAGAUGAAGUCUCUCGAGGUAUUGCAUUUGCGCUAUGCAGAUAUUUCUCAGAAGUACCGGGUGACGUCAAGAAUGCCAUAAUGGACGAGAACUUGAAGGAGGGGAUAGGCUUGAAAUGGGGUCAGACACAUGCUGCCCAAGUCACCUGCACCAUGACCAAGGUUCUCAAUGUCGAUGAAGUCCUUGAUGCACUCAGACCCUUCUCCAAGGAGCGGCCCGCGAGUCCAGUCACUCCUGUCAGGCCUCUUGCGUCCAUCAGGAAGACCCGGCCCUCUUUCCUGCCUGCAGAGGGUCCACAGAGAGGCCACGCUACUCCAGCACGGAGGACCCCGAGUUCACAAGCCCGGAGGACUCCCUCUACGUCAACCCCGACGACAAGAAAGAAUGCACCAACCCCGGUGCAUCAGACUGGACCCUCUGCUGAAAAGUUGGAGUCUCUGAGGUUCAAGAUGUGCGAAUUCGUCGACACCGAAGAUCGCUACAUUACGCGGCUCCAGGAGCUGAUCGAAUUGGUUACCAACCAAGGCCGCACGCCAAAGUCGCUGAGUUCCAAAUUCUCGAGCUCUAGCAAGCAGAAGACCGUUAAUGCUAUGAUUCAAUUUCCGUCUCUGCUGGAUAGUCUGAAAGACCUCAAUCUAGCCUUCCUCGACGACAUCGAAGGAGUUCUACAGAAGUCUGAGGAUACUGCUAUUGCAUUUCUGGAUCAAGCUGCACAGUCGGUUGAGCUACACCAACUAGCCAAGGAUCCAAUCGGUGUCUACGCAUUCGCAAAAGUGUUACUGCAACACUUCCCAAAAUUUCUUGUUCCUUAUCGAGAUUACUUGGACCUUCACUCCCUUGUCUCAUCCAACCUCGAUCACUAUCUCAAGGAGGGCAUAACGUCCAUACAACAAGCCCCGUCUCUCCUCAUGGAACCCGCUCAACGAAUCUCUAGGUACGGUCUCUAUAUUGACACCAUGCUACCACACGUACCUCCAACAUCUACCAUGGCAAUCCGGACGCUGGAGAAAGCUCGCAAGAUUAUCGCCGAAAUUUGCGAAAUGGAACCCGCGGCAUCCGCUAUUCUUGACUCUGUACGUAUCGAGCAUGAAGCCAAGAGGCGGGCCUACUCGCCGACAAAACUCCUUUCGGGUCUAACCAGGACCUACGGUUCGGUCCGUGAGGCGCCUGCCCACGGCAGUACCAAGGAGCGUGGUGAAGCAGCUCCUCGGAUUUUCCAUAGCUUGGGGAGAAGUUUGAGCCGCAAGCACAAGAGCCGGCCUGGCUUACACGGCAUUCUGACUGAACAAGAGACACAUUCGAGGAACAAUUCGCAGACCUCAACACGAGUGCCGACUUCCAAUGACAGCAGGCCUGUCACCUCUAGCUCCGGCACAUCGUUCGGAUCGCUGAACAAGCGUCCUCCGACCGCCGGCUCCUCAAAGUCUGGCGCAUCAGCUUCACGCUUGAAUCUAGAUUCUAUCCCCUCACUACCACCUGCACCAGCAGAUCCGGUAGAAGCGAAGGAAAACUCCGGCGCAGCUGCUGGUACGCUGGAGCACUACAAAGCAGCUCUCAUGCGGGUCGAGGAGGAGAACUACAAGCUCCUGCAGGAGAAUGCGGAGCUCAAGCGGCAGAUUCGAGAGUGCUCGUGUGGCGGCGCGCUGCAUGGUAGAGUGAGCUAG